AAUCUGUGGUCACAAAACGUCACCGUAUUGUUGUUUUGGUUGUCGAUUCUUGGUUGUCGCACUUUUGCAAUAUCUUCUUUAAAUCAGUCUCGAGUGGAAAACUUUACUAAUGAAUAUUCAUGCGCAGUUCUUUUAGGCAAAAUCUAUGUGAAUCUUAAAAUGUCUUCGAAAGCUGAUACCUUAAAAGAAACUGUGACUGUGCUAAUAAAUGCUGCUAGCGAUAGUGAUAAUUCAGUCAAUAAUGUAGUUAUCAAGUCCUUGACCAAGGUCGCGAACUCGUAUCCCAAUGAGGUGAUAGAAAUAUUCUGUGAAUUCUACAAGAACACAAUCAAGGUGAACACUUCACAGCUGGGUAAUAUUAUAAAAGUACUGGAACAAACAUGCGUCAACCAGGUGAAGAAGCUGGAGAACACAACGGCAACGUUGCUGGUGAACUCCAUGCUUCGGGCCAUGACCGAGAACCCGCAGUACGAACCAAUAGUCCAGAUAGGAGCGUCUUCAGUGCUGGUCGCGGUUGGACAUGAACAUUUGGACUUGGUACUCCGUCUACUAAUUAACCAGCUGACCCCAGCGUCGGUCCCGCACUACACCAUCGCUCGAACCCUCGGCACCUUAGCCGCGGUCAACACCUACGCAGUAGUGCCUCACGUCAAGGAGGUCCUGGGCAAAAUGCUGCCACUCCUGCCGCUGGUCCGACACGACGCUGUGAAACAGGCCUUCGCUUACGCUUUCGGCCACUUCGCAGUUGCGGUCUCGGAACAGAUCGGCGAUAACGUCGAAAACGACAACAUAACAUCGAUCAAAGACAAUUUUGUCACAGAGUUCUCUAUAAUCUUCGACGUGUUGUACAACCAGUGGCUGCCCUCGAACGAGCCGAAGGUGUCAGAGGCGGUUCUCGAAGCACUAGGUCCCAUCACUAGACUCAUACCCGAAAGGCAAUUCAACGAGACGGUUAACAAAUUUGUCCUCUCAUUGCUGUCUUUGUACCGCAAGCCAACUAUAAACGCCUACUACAUCAGUCAAUGUAUCUCGUACCUACUGUCGCCAUCGCCUCUCAACCCCAAACUGAGCUUAAACGACAGCGUAAUAAACUCAAUCAACCACGUCCUCUUCAAUUUGAUCCUAGUAGAGCCAGAUUACGAUCAGCCGCAUACGGUGAAAAACCAUUUCGAAGUAUUACGCUGCUUCGAUCAUAUGGCAGGGCAGUUUCCUGACCAAACCAUUGAGAGUCUUCUCCACCAGUGCAAGAACAACCAAGAAAAAGACCGGAUGAAAGCAGUUAUCAUCUUGACCCACUUGACGACGUCGUCCCAAGUUUUUGUAGAAAAUUAUGCCGUCAAGUUCAUCGCCAUAUUAAAGGUCAUGACGGCAAUGGAGCAGGGCUUGAAAAUGAAAAAAUUGCUCGUAAAGGCCAUCGUCGGUUUGGUCUACAGAAACUGCAUUACAUCUGCCGAAGAUUUCAUUAUGGUUGAGUUCAUCAUAAAACACUGCGGCUGUGAAGGCCCUCCGAAUGUGCCGAAGAAUGAAAUCGAGGAUUUGCACAAUACGUACAAAAGUUCCCUUAUUCUCAUGUGUAACACCGUGACGAGUGUUCGCACACAAUUGAGAAGUUUACUCCUGGCUGCACUUACCGUUGAUGACUUUACCUCGUCCAUGUCGACUGUUAGCCAAUGCCUGACAUCGCUGCUACAAAACAAUUCUGACGCUGGUGAAGAUGAUCAGAAAGAAACACUAAAAGAUUUGAGGUACACCCCCGACCAAGUCUUCACAAGAUGCAUAACUCACAUAGCAGACCCUGAACAAAUAGAACGAAACAAGAAUUUGCUCAUAUUCCUUGAAGAAUAUUCAGGAGAUGUCCAUAAGAAUUUGAAAAACUCCUGGACUGUUGAGAUUCAAAGACUUCUGAAGUUUGUCGAUAAAAGCGAAUCCACGGAACAGUGGCAUAGUAUGCUUAUAGACCUCUUAGAAUCAGCUAUAGAGAAUGUGAACAAUAACAAAUGGGUGGAGAACAUAGCCGCUUUGAUAACGCAACAAGUUCUGUCCAAAAAGCAGUCGCCAAUUAUCAAGGGAAUGUCUUUACAAUAUCUGGCCAUAUUAACGUGCCAUAUGACUAACGCUGCCGUGAUAGAAAACGUUUUGAAGAUUAUUCUCUUCGCCCUUAAAUCCAUUCCGAUGGAAAGCGUCGACUACGUCAGCAAAGCGAUAGGAAUAGCUUCCAGACAACAUGGCGAGUUUGUUCUCAACGAACUCGAUGCCACUUAUAAGGAGAACGAAUCGAAGAGAGGCAAUAAAAUCCUUAACUUUUUAUCAUCUAGAAAUUCUAAGAGCGAAGUGGAGCUUAGCUCUGUAAAAUACGCAGUGAUCACUUGCUACGGAAAAGUAGCUGAAAACUGCUUGGAUGUGCACGUUUUGGCGAGGUUAGGUGAUAACGUUACAUCAAUUUUAUUCGAAAUUUUGAAGACCAACCCUCCCUUUGAUUUGUGCAAAGCAAGUGUCACCACCCUUUACCAAAUUAGCAAGGCGUUGUAUCCUGCAGCCCACCACAAUGUGGCUCUCAGGAAUCGCUGGCAACUCCUGAAUGCUGUUCUUGAACAGAUUUACAAUCCGAAUUUGGACAGACGCAACGUGGAGCUGUAUCCGAUUGUCGUAAAAGCUUCGAAGAGUCUAACGAAGUUACAAAAGGGUAUCCUGCCUGAGGAGAGAAACACGAUCCUUAGGGUGCUGUUCAGUAGCAUUUUUGAGGAAUUGUCCUCAUUCAAAAGGAAAUACGAAGUCGAAGGGAAUGGCGACAAAAACGAUCGUCUUGCCAAAACCCUAAACGACAGCUUGACUUUACUUCACCAUCUGAUUAGGGAGCUGAUACUCCAGUCGACCUGCCUGAGCACGAUAGACGAUCUGAUCGGUUUGCUGAUAGAGUGGCUACGUCACGAAAACGAUGAGAUCCGAACUGCAUCGGUGUUGAUUCUGCAAGUGAUAUUCGACACGUAUAUCAAAAACGUCAAACUGAACUACGAAACUCCCAGCAAAUUUGGUCAGAUGGGCUACUUGUUGGGUUUGGUCGUUCCAGGAGUUGCGGAUACCAAUUUCGCGGUGAGGCUCACAACGAUAGAUUGCAUUAAACUCGUGAUACAAAUCCAGGAUUUGUAUGAGGGGCAUACUAUCGAGCCGGAUGACGAGUGCAUGGCUGAUCUGGCGAAUCUUCAGAAUAAUGUGCUGACAAAUGACAUAAACAUGAUUGUUGAUUACUGUGUUGCCUUAUGCAAUGCGAUAUCGAUGAAGAUUCCUCAUCAUCAUACGAUGCAGUUUGUGGAGAGCCUGUUGGAAGGUUACGAUGACCAGGAGUUCAGGAGUGUAGGGAUAAGCGCAGUGCUGGACGCUUUCUUCGUGAAGAAGGGGCAGGACUUGUACCAGACUAUCGAGAGGAUAAUUGAAGUGAUGCUGAAUACUAUGGAUUCAGUGGGUGAGGAAGCGCAGCAGCGCUUGAUGAAGCCGCUGACGUCACUGACGCGUCAUCAUUCGAAUGCGGUGACGGCCGUGCUGUUGGCGCAGAGGAUUCCUUUGAAACCAUGCGUGGUUUCCUGUUGGCGAUACCUGGCGCGCGACGAAGCGUUGUCUGGAGCGAUCGUGGACAACUUCUUACGGCUGAUGACGUCAGUAGAGCUGUACGAGGACCCUUACCAUAUAACUGACAACCAUAUAGCCGCGCUCCAGCCCUUGACUCUAAUAAGUGCCUUAGGAGAAAUGUUGCAAGAGCAGACCAUGAACGAGACAUGUGUGGCCAAGUUUGCAGACCUUUUCUCCGUGCUCUACACAACACUAGCCUGCUACAUAGAAGCGGAACCGCCCGCGUAUUCUCUACCAGUCAACCGCGCGCAAGAGAGGCUCGGUUUUGUUCCUAACAGGGACUCCAUAAAGAUGUCUCCGGCCAAGAUCACUGUGAACACUUUCAACGCGUUUUUGGAGAGGGCUAAUUGUUAUAAGGUGAAGGAAGCUUGUUCGCUCUGCCUGAGCAUCGAGCACGGCGACUCUUCCACCACACUCCUCGAACUGGCUCCUAUCUUAGGGGGUUCCCUGAGCAGGGAAUGCCCCCAACACUUGGCGAGGGUAGUCUCAAAGAUUGCGACCUACGCGCGAUCGCCGCUACCCCCUCAAAGAUGCGCUGCGCUUGCGCUGUUGGCUGAUCUACUGAACUAUAGAUGCAACAACAACCCAGUUCUCAUAGAGACCGUCUUAGCCACUCUGAACACCGGCUGGAAGGAUGAGCAUCCUCGCGUGAGGGCAGUUUGCCUCCGCGGGGCUGCUAACGUAGCCCGUCUCUCGAACUCUCAUCGCGCCAUUGCCCUCCCGCCCGCUUUAGCAGCCCUAAGCCAAGGAGUCGACGCACCGCACACUCAAUCACCAUCAGAUAACGUGCCGUUAGCAGCCAUACAAGGCUUAACCAGGCUUCUAGUAGAGACCGAGAAACUUGACAAGGAUUUCGAACGCGAGCUCUUGUCUAUAUCCCAGAAAAUCCGGCCGUUUAUGAACACUGAAUGCGCCCAGCUUAGGGAGGCAUCCAUUAGGCUGUUCGGAGUGAUCGCCGGGAGGGUCAACGCGGAAGGCUUGGCAGAGCAGUCGAUGGCAUCCCUGCCUUGCUUCCUGCUGCAUUUGUGCGAUAACAACCCUGCUGUCGUGAGGGCCAGCAAAUUCACAAUCAAACAAGUGUUCAAAACGUUCAACGUGAAGAAAUCAAACGACCUGGUCCAAACACACCUCCUUGAUGAAGGCCGUCUAUACCUGGACGAGUUCUUAUCAGCACUGGUCCGCCAGUUAGCUGAGGAAAUGCCAUCCAGCGUGCCCAAGUGUCUGCAGACUGCUGUCAACUACCUCCACUGUGCUAAGGAAGAGAUGAAGCCACACCCACCUUUACUUCUUGGCCUCCUCUACGCCGAGUUAUACCGCAUCAGAGAGAAGGCGUCCGAAGACUCGGACUUAGACCCGGACGUGACCAGAAGCGCCCGGACACGUCUGCUCCAGCUCAUCAAGGAUUCCAACCCUCUGGUGCGACAGAACUCGGCCCUCGCCCUGGCAAAUAUCAGCCUGGUAAUGGCUCAAGACGGAUGACUGGGCGAGAGGAUAUGCUUGGAGUACAGUCGUGGAAGGUAUGUGCUGAGGAUGAAGUAGUUUGGGUUGGGUACAGUGUCAAACAGUUCGUGACACAAAAAGUGUAAAAUUUGAUAAUACAACCUUAUUCUAAUUGUAACAAAGACGUAUUGCGAACUUUUUGGCUACUU